AUGUUGAAUGAUUAUCAGAGGAAAGAAAUUGUUGAUUUGGUUGAACAAUUUAAGGAAAAGACUAAAUUGCCAAAUUCAACGUUUCCGUGUGCAAAGGAAGGACUUAGGCUUAUUGUGGCUUUAGCUGAGGUUAUAAUUGCUAAUGUGUGCAAAAAUGGCGGAUGGACGUCAUCUAAUCCAACAAGUUGUGAGUCAAAAGUACUGGGUAUUGAAUUGAAUACAGGUGCUUUUCAUUACUGUUAUUCAGCACAUUGGUUAAUGAACAUCCAUAAUGAAGAAUUUGAAAGGCUAGCUAAUGCAGAGAAACAUCGUCUCAACAAUAGAAACUAUUUUGAUGUCCUAAAGAAUUAUAUUGAAAACUUGCGCAUACUUUACAUUAACCGUUACUCAAUUUUCGAUAACUACGAUAGACCCUUCCAAGAUACUAGAGAAAAACUAUCAAAAAUACAGCAAUCACUUGAGCAAGGAAACCAAACAUUAUUAAAUUCUCAAGCAGCUAUAGAGGAAAGAGAGACUACGUCAUGGAUGAUAAAAGCUGGUGUUUGUUGA